AAGUAUUAUUUUACUUUUAAUUAGACUUUUAGCGUAUAUUUAUUUUUAUAACACUGAAAUAGCGUUUUGUUAACCUGUACCUAAGCAGACUGAAUGUAGUCCACAACAAGAAGCAACUGCUUAGAAACCUGGGAUUAAUUACGGAUGAUUUGGACGAGUUGACCAUUCAGGUUUUCUUUUCCAAUACGAAAAGUCCGUUUUUUUAUUGUUAUGUUUUAGAUCGCCUACAUAAGAGUCAUUCAAGACUACCGUUUAGAUAAUUAUUCUACAUUAAAAACAACGCGAGACUAGCCGAGUCUACUCGCUUGGCUGCAUUUGGCAUAAAACACACAUUAAAUGUUAUUAUCGGGCUGUUUAGUGUGUUGUAAACACACACCAACUAAACAGACUCGGCAGUAGGCUGCCAUCUAAUCUUUAUAGAAAUAGUGUUUUCUUACAUUUGCAACCUUUUCUGUGACCAACACACGGUCGCCGAGGAGUGGUGUGAACAGCCGUCUGGGUGUGAACGGGCUGGGGUCAGAUCCUCCAGGCGGCAUCGGGGAUAUCUUAACACUAACUGCGGAUCAAGAGGCUCCAACACACCGCUAAACUCUUCUGAUCAACGAGACGGGCUCUUCUGCAACCGUCAGGAUGUCGAUGGGCAUGGAUCCACAGGGAGACCCACCGCCAGCCUAGCCUUUAGCGGCUCUUUGGGAACACUAUCCCGGACACAGUGCUAGCUCCGGACGCCCCACUCCCCCCCACACACUGGAGAAUGGAUGGCCGAGAUUUCGGACCCCCUCGGUCUGUCCAUGUUCCCCCUCCCCUGUUGGCCAUGGAGACCCACCGACUCGGAGCUGCUGCAGCAGCCAGGAGGAUCCCUCCCUCGCCCGGACACUUGGGCACAGGGCACCCAGCAAACCUCCACGUCGGGAAAUUCCUUCCAACGGUCAUGAACCUCCAUCCACAUCACAGUGAUGCCUUCCCAGCAGCCUCCAGUCCCUUCCUGCCGGGCUAUUCCGGCCCCUCCCCCCUAACCUCUGACCCAGCCUACAGAUCACCCAAUCAGAUGGCUCAGCUCUGGGCCUCACACGCUGCCGCCCACGAAGGCUACGCCCCUCUCCCAGGCGGUCUGUACCCCAGCCCCUACCACCUCCCCCUGGGUAACCUGGAGCCUCCUCCCCCCUCGCUGGGCUUGGCUCAGCACCACCACCUCUACAACGCACCACACCAAGAGAGGUUCUUCCUGCCGGUGUCGUUACCCCAGCCGCCUCUCCAACCCUCCUCCAUCCCCCCCAGUUCCACCCCCCAGAGUAGCUCCCGGGAGGGGGGCAGGGACCGAGACAUACCCUACCGCGAGGAGAGGGAGAGAGAGGAGCCUCAGGAGGGGGGCAGGGACCGAGACAGACUCUACCGUGUGGCGAGGGAGAGAGAGAAGCCUCAGGAGGGGGGCAGAGACAUACCCUACCGCGAGGAGAGGGAGAGAGAGGAGCCUCAGGAGGGGGGCAGGGACCGAGACAGACUCUACCACGAGGAGAGAGAGAAGCCUCAGGAGAGGGGCAGAGACAGACUCUACCGCGAGGAGAGAGAGGAGCCUCAGGAGGGGGGCAGAAACAGACUCUACCGCGAGGAGAGAGAGCGAGGCGAGAGGGAGCGGUCGAGAGAGGAGCCUCGUCCAUACAGUGUGGUAGAUCUGACACAGGAUGGGAGGAGUAGAGAGAGAGAACGCCACAGAGAACGAGAGACGGAGCGUGACAGAGACCGAGAGAGAGAAAGAGAGGUUCUCCUCCACCACCCCUCUGCUUCUCGACCCCCCCAGGGCUCCUCCUCUUCUGGGCGUUACCCAGAGACUGAUGACACACCCACUCGCUCCCCUAACCCCAGCCCCCACACACACACAGACAGGCUGAGGAAGACUGAAUCUACCUACAGCGGUGGACUCCUCCCUGGCCCCGCCUACCCUGCACACCGGGAGCCUAUCAGGGAACAGCGUGUGAGCGCGCCCACUUACGUGCCUUCUGUGGAGGUCUAUGAUGAGCAGAUCGGCCCGAUCCAGAUCGCAUCGCAGGCCAGGGACAAACAGGACAAACUGAGAGAAAGAGAGAGAGAAAGAGAGAGAGAAAGAGAGAGGGAGAGGUUUCCCGAAAAGACUCUAUCGGACCGUCGCGCUUCUCUUCCUGGUGAUUUGUCCAAUCAGAGAGAGCGGGAGGAGGGCUCUGUGAUCUGCUCCAACGGUUCGGCGCUGAAACGAGACGGUUACGUCAGCCAAUCAGGGUUCAGCCCGGACCCCAGGGACACGCCAAAACAUGCCAUCCGAUUGGGCUUGGAGCGGGUGGGGGAAGGGCCUAAAUGGAACCCCAUCAGCCCAUUGGCCAACUACGCCACCAGUCAUAUGGCAGCUCUGGCCUCCCAGCACGGACACGCACACUCCACACAGCAGGCACGCACACACACUCAUCCCUCACACAACAACCAGCCGGAACUCAACAGACCCCCUUCCAACCCCCACACACCCCAACACAGACACACACAUUCCCCCCACCCUCCGCCCCAACCCCAGAGGGGAGAGGAGGGACAGGGGCGCUACUUGGACACCUCAGCCCUGUACCGCCCAGUGGGGGGGAUGAGAGGGGGGUCUGAGGGGGGAGCAGACGGAGGAGAGGUGUCGGCCAUGCAGAGUCUGAUCAAAUACAGCGGGACCUUCCCACCUGAACGCCAGGGGUCCUCCAGGCAGAACACGGACAACCAAGCCGCGUUCGGAGGGCUGGCGUUCAUGAGGCUGGAGGGAGGAGGAGGAGGAGGAGGAGCGGGGGCGAGGCUGAUGAAGAGAGAGCUGGAGCGUCCCGACAGCUCUCGGUCGUUGGGACGCGGCGAAGGGGCGGGGCCAGGCGAGGGUGGGGGAGAGGUCCGUCACCCUCCUGUUGGGAUAGCUGUGGCAGUGGCCAGACAGAGCAAUACAGACUCCCAGAGACCUCUACUACUGCACGCAGGGGUUAAAGACGAGGAGCGGGGGGACGAGCGAGCCCGUCACCGUGGUGAUAGACUGGGGUGCCUGGAGCGUGAGCAGGAGAAGUUGCUCAGAGAGAGUAAGGAGCUGGCAGAGUUCACCCAGAUGCACCCUCCCUUGGUGUCCAGCGCCCUGACCUCUAACCUCAUGACCUCCAACCUCAUGGUGACUGGAGGCUCCUCCCGCUGGCCCCACGACCCCUCCCCCCUGACCUCUCACCCCUGGAUGCCCCGCCAAGGAGCACCGCCCAUCUGGCUGUCAGGAUCCCCCUACGGUUUAGGCCCCUCUCCACUGCACCAGGCCCUCCCUCCCUACCAGCUGGCCAGAGACCCCCAGUCAGGACAGCUGAUGGUUAUAGCCACAGAACACAUCCCACGCUACGGAGGAGAUGUGUUGGAUGGGGGUGGCGCCCCCCAGUGGCCAGGGGUGUAUGGAGCAGGCAGUUCUCUGCAACAUGCCGCUCAGCUGCAGAUGUUGUCACAGCAACAGAUGCUGAGGCAACAUGAGCUGGUGAUGAUUCAACAACAUGCUGCUCAGGUCCUGGAGUUGCAGAGGAAUGCUCAACUGAUGGAGCGUCUGAAGGCCAGUGAACAGAGGGCGGAGCUAGAAGAGAAGACCAAUAAGAGGAGUUCCGAGCCCAAACCCCGCCCCUCGCCACGCCCCACUCCCUCCCCCUCCCUCCACUGCCAUAAAACUCCCCUCCGUUCACCUCCCCCCUCCACCUCCUCCCUCACCCCCCUGUCCUCCCCCAGGCCCACUCUCCAACACCCGGAGGUCCAGAGAGAAAGGUUUCACCCUUCCUCUCCCCUCCCUCGCCCUCCCGCCCCACACUCUGCCUCCCCCCUGAGACCCUCCUCCCCCCUGAGACCCAAGCAGGACGCUGACGAGGAGGAGGAGGAGGGGGGAGAGAGGGGGGAGAAACAGACCACCGCCCCCUAUCACCGAAUCUACACAGAUAUCACCCCUGGUUACCGUUACCAGUCCAUCACCGCGCCGUUCAGCGCCCUAUUCCCCCCCCGCCCCCUCCCCCAACCAGCAGGGGGUAACAAACACCCCUCGGUCUCCUCCCUGCCGCCUCUUCUCCGGGCCACAGCUCCAGACGCCAAGCCUCGGGGCCUGGAACUCCGGCCAGACCAGGGGACCACGCUGAAGCAUGACCCCGACCAGGAGCCACCCCAGCUGGGCAUGAGUCCUGCUGCCCUGGACCCUCAGCUCCGGACCUCCAGCCCUCCAACCCUCAGCCAAAUAGAGAGAGACGGAGAGUCAAGCCUCAAACACACACAUCUCACCCACACACACACACAAUUACACACACAUCCCAGCCUUACACACCCACACAAACACACCAGCCUCCACUCAGCCCCCCAGCCCUGUCCUCCUCUACCAUCCACACAGCCACACAAACACACCAGUGUUAGCCUCCCCUCAGCCCCCAAGCCCUGUCCUCCUCUACCAUCCACACAGCCACACAAACACACCAGUGUUAGCCUUCCCUCAGCCCCCCAGCCCUGUCCUCCUCUACCAUCCACACAGCCACAAGAACAACAGACCGAGGAGGAAGAGGAGGAGGCAGGAGCGGUCAAGAUGGAGGUGUUGACCUACGGCUGCCGAGGAGCCUAUCAGCUUCCACCGUCCGUCCCGAAGGUGGAGACUAAACCAGAGGUCACAGAGAAGUCGAGCCCCGCCCAUUACCCAUCAUGCACCACGGCAAGCUCCGAGCGACCGGCCUUUAGACCCAGCCCCGACACACACGCAUCCGCUCCUCCCCCCCCCUCUCCCUGCCCUCCCUCUCCCUCCCCUCUAAACAUCGUCCCUGAUGACCCCAUGGCUGGUAUGAUGACGCUGUUUGCUGCCAGUCAGAUGCCCCAGGCUGCCCCCCCUGCCCUACCCACCCUGCCCCAGACAGAGGCCUCCUCACUGGGGAGAGACGUGUCCAGUCCUGGGUGUCUGGAGGUCUGGGCUCUGGAGGGGAUGACUCUACUCAGCGACAUGGCCUCACUAGAGAUGGAUAGGAUACAGCUGGAGCAGGGUGAGGUGUUGUGUGGUCUUGACAGCCUGUUAGAGGCAGGUAGAAAGGUGUUGCUGGAGGCCAUUGAGAGCCAGUCUCACAUCGACCUCCCCAGACAACUACACCCCAGCAAGACCUACAGCUGGAGGAUGAGGACAGACCCACAGGAGCAGCUCUUCAGUAAGCUGUGUCUGGAGGUGUGUGAUGGAGGGGAGUCUCAGCAUCGGAUGAGAUUAGCGGAGCUACAGAGGCAGUACAAGGACAAACAGAGACAACUGGACCGGCUGCAGAGACGCUCUGACACCCAAGAGGUUCAGCAGCAGCAGGAGGAGGAGAGGCGGAGUCUAACCAGACGUGGGCGGGGCCGACCUAGGAAGAGGAAACGUGUAGCGACGCCCCCUGGCAAGAUGGAGUCCCGGACAGGGAAGCCGGGCAGGACAGUGCGGUACUCUGAGGUGGGGGAUGGAGGGAGGAAGAGGUUCCACUGUUCCAGAGGGGAGGAUGAUGAGAUGGAGGGAGGAAGAGGAGGAGAGAAGAGGAGUUGGCAGGACCAGGAGCCGUCCACUAGUCACUCUCUGGAGGUCUUUAAGGCUCGUCAUGGCGGUCUGUGUGACCAUGAGCAGCUAGCCUGUGACCUGGACAGAGCUCUCUCCCUGUCCGUACUCAGUACCAGCCGCCGGACGCCCUCUGACCCCGGCGGGAGGGAUGGAGGGGUGAUCCCCUCGUCUGGAGGGAAACAGAAGGUUAGAGGUCAGAGGAAGACGGUUUCUCCUCCUCUUCCUCACUCCUCUCAACGCUCCAGCUACGACUACAACUCUGACUCUGAAGAGGAUGUCCCCCGGGGGGGCUGUCACCCCUUCUCAGGGUUGCGACCCCACACAACCCCGCCCAGGAAGAGACCGUCCCCCUCCUCGUCCAAUCAGGCGGCUCGGGAGAGGAAACAGAAGCACUUAUCCCUCCUGCUGCAGGAGGCGGGGCUUAGCUCCUCCGACGACUCCUUCGAUCAAGAGUCCUCCACUGAGGAGGACGAUGAUGAGGAAGAGUUGUCGUGCUCCGAGGGGAGUGAGCUGGAGGAGAGUGGGUUGGGCCUGCUGGCCAGGUUCGCAGCCAGCGCCCUCCCGGUCAACCCCGUCCCCCUGCCCCGUCUCCACGACAAGAAACACCGUAGCAGGCAAAGCAUUCUGGGUUCUGGUUCUGACCUGUGUCUGAGGAAGUUCCCCUCUCUGCUCCAUGGGAAACGCUCCGCACCCGAACUCCCCCUGUUACCCCCGGCAACGCGCCACGGCGACCACACUAGCAACGAGACCUCGCCGGUCAAACGCAAACCUCGCCCAUCUCCUCGGUCGCCCCGGAGAUUCACCUUUGACCCCGCCGGGGGACUAGCGGGAGGGGCUAGCGAGGAGGAGGGAUGGACACGCAGACGCAGCGAGAGGAUUUUCCUUCAUGAUGCCUCCACCAAUCAGAUCUCUCCCUCCAGUAAAAACCCUCCAAUCAGCACUAAACCCGCCCCCAGACCUAAAACCACACCCAGGGAGGGGAAAGACUGGAAGAAGAAGAGGCUGAAGGACCCUCCCCUGACCCCGCCCUCUCUGUCUAGUCCAAUCACAGAGAGCCCGGUAGCCCCUCCCCUCAGCCCUGCACGCAAGAGCCAAUCAAAAGCCAAGGCUAAACCCCGAGAGGCUCGUGGAGCGGUCAGUAGGCUGAUGAAGAGUAUGGAGGCUGAUGAAGACUUCGAACCCAGUCAGGACAGCAGCUUCUCUGAAGACGAUGGACCUCCUCCGUCACACAGCAGUCUGGCCGAGAGGACCCUGUCGUCUGCUCCGGUCCAGUGUGUGUUAGAUAAAGACUCUCUUCAGGAUGGUCUGAGGGUUCUGAUCCCCAUGGAUGAUCAGCUGCUGUAUGCUGGACACGUCAACACGGUACACUCCCCGGACAUUUACAGUGUGGUGGUGGAGGGGGAGAGAGGGAACAGACCUCAUAUCUACUGUCUAGAACAACUCCUGCAGGAGGCUAUUGUGGAUGUGAUGCCUCCGUCAGUCUGGUAUCUUCCUGAAGGCUGUCGUGUUGCUGCAUACUGGAGCCAGCAGUACCACUGUCUCUACCCCGGCACCGUAGUCAACGGUAACGCACAGUACCACUGUCUCUACCCCGGCACCGUAGUCAACGGUAACGCACAGUACCACUGUCUCUACCCCGGCACCGUAGUCAACGGUAACGCACAGUACCACUGUCUCUACCCCGGCACCGUAGUCAACGGUAACGCACAGUACCACUGUCUCUACCCCGGCACCGUAGUCAACGGUAACGCACAGUACCACUGUCUCUACCCCGGCACCGUAGUCAACGGUAACGCACAGUACCACUGUCUCUACCCCGGCACCGUAGUCAACGGUAACGCACAGUACCACUGUCUCUACCCCGGCACCGUAGUCAACGGUAACGCACAGUACCACUGUCUCUACCCCGGCACCGUAGUCAACGGUAACGCACAGUACCACUGUCUCUACCCCGGCACCGUAGUCAACGGUAACGCACAGUACCACUGUCUCUACCCCGGCACCGUAGUCAACGGUAACGCACAGUACCACUGUCUCUACCCCGGCACCGUAGUCAACGGUAACGCACAGUACCACUGUCUCUACCCCGGCACCGUAGUCAACGGUAACGCACAGUACCACUGUCUCUACCCCGGCACCGUAGUCAACGGUAACGCACAGUACCACUGUCUCUACCCCGGCACCGUAGUCAACGGUAACGCACAGUACCACUGUCUCUACCCCGGCACCGUAGUCAACGGAAGUUCAGACGGUGAUGACAGUGAUGACCUCAUCACGGUGGAGUUUGAUGACGGUGACACGGGUCGCAUCCCCCUCUCCCACAUCAGACUGCUGCCCCCUGACUACAAGAUACAGUGCGCUGAGCCCUCCCCUGCGCUGCUAGUGGCCAGCUGCUCCAGGAGGCGUGUCAGGAAGUGCAGCAAGGACACCAGUGAGACGAGGCCUAAAGCAGGGGACUCCGCCCCCAAGGGCAGAGGGAGACCGGCCAAGAAACCCAAACCCAAACCUGAGCCCCCAGUGAGCCCAGACCCCCGGGAGACGAUGCCCCCCCCGGGACCCAGCCAGGCUCCAGACAGACCUCAGCUCCCCACCAGACCAGCCCAGGACAGGCCCUCUUCCUCCCAGAGACCUGCUCAGGAAAGACCCCUGUCUGCCCCCAGGCCGGGACCAGGCCGACCCUCCAAGCCCACCAGCACCCCCAGCCUGCCUGCCCCCCCACGCAGCCAGAACCCUAGGAGACCCAGCCCAGCCUCUCCCGAGCCCCCCUCCCUCUACCACCCAGCCCCUUACGGGAAGAUACUAAGGGUGGACCUGUAUAGCCAACCCAACCUCACCUCUUGUAACGUCAGCACCCAACCUAACCCUAAAACCAACCCUAAGUCUAAACUCUCCCCUCCACUACUUAAACCCAACUCUACUUCCCCUAUCAUCAGACCCAAGCCUCUUCUACCUAACCCUAAAACUAACCUUACCUCCGUACCAAAAUCCAAACCUAGACCUAAGUCUACAGCAGAACUCCCUGGGCCUGCAGCUAACUUUAAUCCUGAUCACAACAAAUCCAGAACCGCUCCCAAAGCAAUCUCCAGACCCAAACAGAACCAUAACAAACCCAGACCCACCCCGGAUCCUUCUACCAGGCCCAGAACCAGCCCUGGGCCCAGCUCCAGUACCUCUAAACCCAGACCCAUCCCCGGGCCCAGCUCUAGUACCUCUAAACCCAGAACCAGCCCUGGGCCCAGCUCCAGUACCUCUAAACCCAGACCCAUCCCCGGGCCCAGCUCUAGUACCUCUAAACCCAGAACCAGCCCUGGGCCCAGCUCUAGUACCCCUAAACCCAGAACCAGCCCUGGGCCCAGCUCUAGUACCCCUAAAUCCAGAACCAGCCCUGGGCCCAGCUCUAGUACCUCUAAACCCAGAACCAGCCCUGGGCCCAGCUCUAGUACCCCUAAACCCAGAACCAGCCCUGGGCCCAGCUCUAGUACCUCUAAACCCAGAACCAGCCCUGGGCCCAGCUCUAGUACCCCUAAACCCAGAACCAGCCCUGGGCCCAGCUCUAGUACCUCUAAACCCAGACCCAGCUCAGACCUCUCUGCUGUCAGAUCCAGACUGGACCCUAGCACCUUUAUUCCUGGUAUCUCCAGACCCAGGCAUGUCCCGGGGGAGGGCGGGGUGGGAGGGCAGGGCGGGGUGCGACAGGGGCGUAAGGCCCUCCUAGAGGAACCCCUAGUAAAGCUGGACCACGAGGGUGUGACCUCACCCAAGACCAAGAAGACCAAGGCUCUGAUGCUGCUGGAGGCCAGGGGCUUACGGCAAGAACACACACCCCUCGCCACGGCCGCAGCCAGCCAGAAGCCGGCGAGGGUAAAGGGGAGGGCUCCGGAGAGCGAGGCAGGGCUGCUGGAGGCCAAGGACUUACGGCAAGAACACACACCCCUCGCCACGGCCGCAGCCACCCAGAAGCCGGCGAGGGUCAAGGGGAGGGCUCCGGAGAGCGAGGCGGGGCUGCUGGGGAGAGAACCCGCCUACAGAACGCCUUCUCUGGGCAGAGAAAGAGACCGGGGUGGAGGGGGGGACAGAGAACCAAAGAGAGAGGAGAGAACGAAACAAGGGGAAGAGAAGAGAGGGGAGGAGACAGGGGGGUCUCACGGCAGCAGUAGUUCAGGAUCUGAGGAAGAGGAGGAGACAAGGAAGAAAACGAAGUGUAGCUCCAGCUGCUCCCACCCCUCCUCCCCAGCCUCCUCCUCCUCAUCCUCCUCUAGCACCUCCUCUUCCUCUUCCUCCUCCACUGACGAGGAGUCCUCUUGUAGUUCUGACGAGGAGACCGCCCUCGCUCCCCCUGCACCUCUCCCCGUCUCCCCCCCUCCAACUACCCCACAGGAGGAGGUAGAGGUGGAGGAAGAGAAGGAGGAAGAGGAAGAAAUUAAGAAGUUGAAAAAGGCGGAAGAGGAAGAGGAGGAAGAAGUAUUAGAAGAAGAUCAAUCUCCCUCCUCUCCUCCCCCGUCUAUCUCUCCGUCCUCCCAGCCAGCCAGGCCCCGGGGUCGUCCAGCCCGGCAGAAGUCCCAGGGAGGUGUGGGGUCGGUGGGCAGGCCACGGCGCAGGGAGGGGGCCCACCUCCCCACCACCAAGGAGCUGGCUAAGAGACAGCGAUUACCGAGCGUAGAGAACAGACCCAAGAUCUCUGCCUUCCUGCCUGCCAGACAGCUCUGGAAGUGGUUCGGUAAUCCCACACAGAGGCGUGGUAUGAAAGGGAAGGCUAAGAAGCUGUUCUACAAGGCCAUCGUGCGGGGGAGAGAGAUGAUUGGUAUCGGGGACUGCGCCGUGUUCCUUUCAGCCGGCCGACCCAACCUGCCCUUCAUAGGGAAGAUCCAGAGCAUGUGGGAGAGCUGGGGAUCCAACAUGGUGGUCAGAGUCAACUGGUUUUAUCACCCGGAGGAGACCAACCCUGGCAAGAAACUACACGACAAGAAGAACUGGGAUCAGAUGUCUGGUCAGUCUCUUCCUUCAUCUCUGCUCUCCUCUAACCAGAGGAAAGACUUCAUGGAGCGGGCUCUGUACCAGUCGUCCCACAGCGAUGAGAACGAUGUCCAGACGGUCAGUCACAAGUGUCUGGUGGUCAGCGUGUCUGAGUACGAAACCAUGACUCUGACGCGUCGCUACGCCGACAGCCAAGACCUGUACUACCUGGCCGGGACAUACGAACCCACCACGGGUAUGAUCUACAACACGGACGGAGUCCCCAUCAUCUGAUGAA